CAAAAUCCAAAUCAAAAGAAAAUGAGGUUAGCAAUGCCUCCGCACAACAAAAAAAGGAGGUUAGCAACGCCUCCGCACGGGUAAAAAGUUCUGGUGCUAAGAAGACCGUAGCUAGGAAAAAACCUACCGCCAAGUAUAGGUCGUGCCUCAGGACAUUUAUAGAGAUGACCGAUAUACCGACCGGAGGUGUUCGGAAUGUACAUAUGGAGGUAGGGAUUUUCGGCUUUGAUUACGACCAAAUGAUUGGUAAUGAAGACUUCAUGCAAGUUUUUGGUCAUGAAGAAAUCGGCGUCAACGUUGUCAAUACAUAUAUUAGGUUUUUGUAUGACAAAUUGAUGCGCCCCAAUGAUUUGGACGAGUCAUUCGGAUUCUUAGCACCCGCGACCGUCAACUUAGGUUUAAUCUUAAGUAGACCGCAUACCGUGACGGAGUAUGUUCUUCAGAUCCUCAUGGAGAAUAAAGAUGCGGAGAAGUUGUUUUUUAUACCGUUUAAUACCGGUGGACAUUGGUUGUUGCUCGCAAUCAAUCCUAUCCGAGAAAUUGUGUAUUAUCUUGACUCGUUAGGAAAUGAUUGGACAACAUACCCGGAUAUGAAGAACCUAAUUGACACCGUCCUACAAGCUUUUCGGGCCCAACGAGAUAUCCAAACCUCAAGGAGGAGCGCCAACCGCAUUACAUGGAUUAAAAAUAUUGAAGAGAUUAUCUAA